AUGAUCGAUGCCAGAAUACCCUUGCGGCAUCAGGAGAUGGGCACCAACGUCUCGAUGUAUAUCACCAAUAUCGCCACCAAUCCCGCGGGGCAGUUUUCCGGCCCAAUGGUGGUCAGUAUGCGUCCCAUCAAAAGGGACCAGAUCGUGCGGGCGGUGCAGGUGACGUCGCGGUUCCCGGCCACUCACGGCGCGCCGGUACACAUUGGGGACCCCGCAGCCAUCGGCAUCAGGGAUAUAGCCGCUCCCGACUUCGGGGACGCUGUGAAGAUAUAUCCCGACGAAGAGCCGGUCUUCUGGGCCUGCGGCGUCACACCGCAAGCGGUGGCCCUCAACUGCAAGCCCAGUUUGAUGAUGACCCACGCUCCGGGGAUGAUGUUCAUAACCGACCAGCGAGACGCGGAGUACGCCGUCUUGUAA